GAAAGAUCUAAACUCUGUUUGCGUUGGAAACUCUGCUGGAUAUUGGUUCGAAAGGUGUUUGAGCAGGAGAAUUGGAGAAGGAGAUGAUACUAUGUUUUGGGAAGAUAACUGGAUGGGUGGAGGUUUGGUCAUUGGUGCUUAAAUGGUUGGGAUUUCAUUUUGUGUCUCCUGGCGCGAUUUUAGACCAUUUCAACCAAUUUGUUGGGACUAGCUGCUGUUCAAACAAAGUUGGAUUGGCAUUAAUCUGGCUAGCUGUGGUGCAUCAGAUUUGGACCGGGAGGAAUGGAGUAAUUUUUCGGGGUAGUAUUCCUGAUCCCGUUGUGUUGUUUGAUUUGAUCAAGAGUAAGGCCUGGGAGUGGUUAAGAGCAAAGAAUAAGAGAUUUCUUCAUUCGUUCUCAGAGUGGUGUAUGGAACCUAUUGCCUGUUUAUCUGAUAUGUAA